UAUUGUUAAAAUGUCAAUUAUCCCAGUCAAGAUUCCAGAAGGCUUUUUGUAGUAAUUGACAAGAUGAUUCUAAAACAUGGAAAUGCAGGUGACCUGGAAUUGCCAAAGCAGUUACACAAAGCAGGGCUUCACUCUACCUGACUUCAGACUUUCUGUAAAGCUUCAGUAGUUGAGACUGUGUGGCACUGGUGACACACAGAUGAAUGGAACAGAAUACAAAGUCCAGAAGUAGACCCACACACAGACAACUGAUUUUCAACAAAGAUGUCAAGAUAAUUUAAUAUGAAAAGGAAAGUCUUUUUAACACAUGGUGCUACAACAACUGGAUAUACAUAGGGAAGAAAAAUGAACUUGAUCUUUACUUCACACCAUGACACAAAAGUAACUCAAAGAAAACACAGGAAAUCCUUAUGACCCUGAGAUCAAGGCAGAGAUUUCUUAGGACGCAAAAAGCCAGAACCAUAAAAGAAAAAAUGGAUGCAUUCGAUUUUAUCAAAAUGAAAACAUUUGUUCUUCUAAAGAUACCCAUUAGAAAAUGAAAACACAAGUCACAAAAUGGGAGAAAAUAUUUACAGUACAUAUAUCUGACAAAAUACAUGAAGAGUUAGCACAUAAUAAUAGGCAGAUGACCCAGCCGAACAAUGUGGCCCCAAGAUGUGAAUAGACACGUUAUGAGAGAUGUAAGAUGUGUGAAUGGCUGACAAGCAGGACAGAGGUGCUGACUAUCGCUGGUUACCAGGGAAACGCAGGUUGGAACAGCAGGAGAACCGCUGCCCGCCCACCGGUGCGAGGCCACUAGCUGGCAGGGCCAGAGCAGGUGAGCCACCCAGGGCAGCUGGGGCUGCACACGGAGCCGCUGCCCGAGAACAGCAGGGCAGCUUCCCAGCGAGUUCCCUUGACCCGGUGCUUCCAAGUAUUUACCCAAGAGGAAGGAAAGCAAGCGACCGUGCAGGAACGGGCCCACGAACGUCCCCAGCAGCGUUAGCCACCAAAAUGUGGAAACAGCCACAUGGCCAUCAGCAGGCAGUGGGCAGGGGAAGUGUCCUCGCAGUGGAUGCCACUCAGCCACGAGAGGGCAAAGUACGGAGGAAUCUGAAGAUCGCUGUGGCCGUGCUGAAGGGCAGGAGCCCGACCCAAGGUGCGCGGACAGUGUGGUCCGUUCUCCUGAAAUUCCAGAAGACACAGUCCACGUGCAGCGGCAGGGCUUGGCCGGGCGGGCGGGGGCCGUGGAGGGGCCGCACGGUGUGGACACUACUCAGUCGUGUCCACUGAGUAGCAGACAGAGGUGUCCACUGAGACCUGAUUCCUGAAUCAAAGGUGUCAAUGCGGCUGUGACAUGUGACACCAGUAGUUGCCAACUGAGGGGAUUUCACCUUCUAGAAAGGGGAUGGUGCCGCAGGGAAGAGCAGGUGUUUUUAAUGGGGGGACUUGGUGUGGGGUGGGGAGGGGCGGCGUCCGCUCCAUCAGCCUGGACUGAAGCCAGCACAGAGCGAAUGGCAGGACAGACCCCAGCCCGGGACCCCCAGGCCCUGGGCCAGUGGGCGGAGGGGCUUCUCGUCCCCCAGCCCCAAGUGCGCCCUCUCUGGAACCUGAACCAGUCCCCCUCACGCGCAGCUCCACCUUGCAGCUGUUUCUGUUAAGAAAAAAGUCUUUUUAGAGGUGACUUUUAUGUGUUUGGGACAGAUUAUAAUUGUGGUUCCCACCUUUCAGAAUAAAAACCCGACUAACAAUUUACUUCCGGGGUUGUGCAGGCUGGUGUGUUUCCCCGGUUACGUUAGAAACGUGGCACCGUGAGCACUGAAUCACGUGGGCUGUCGCGUUUCAUGUGGUUUUAGUGUUAGGAAGUUUACUUGCAGUCUGUGGUCGUAUUUUGUCUGUUUGCUCUCUGGAUCCAUCACCCCGCCAGAAGCAUCUGUACCCAGUACUGCCUGUGUCACGGCUUUUAUUGCCCCAGCUGGAUGUUUUUCACACACCCUUCCGUGAUGACAACAGGGCAAACGGCACAAAACUGUAAGACCGAGGGCCCCUGACCAGCCUGGCCGCCCCAGAGGCACCCUUGCCAUUCUGUCUGUGGGUGAAAAUACUGGAAAUCGAAUUCGGGUCUUAUGAGGACAGGAUGAGAUGGCGGGUGGGAGGGCCGUCCGAGCUCUGAGGCAGGACUGGCUCACCCAGACCCCCUCUGCUCAGUCCUCCUUCCGGGAAGCAGCAGCGAACGGUGGAAAACUGGCGGAGGAGGGAGUGCGUCCGUCAGAUCCUGAUCCGGGUGGGCUGAGCCGUGGGGGUUCCUGAUGAAAAGUCCAGUUGGACCCCGAGCCCCAGGCGUGGUUUGGCUGCGCUUGACCAGCAGCACGGCCUCACCUGUCCACCUCGAUUUGCAGGCCCCGGACCGAGGGUCUGCCGGGCUCCAGGAGGGCCAGACCCUGAGCUCCGGGACAUGGCGCUCCAGCGCGCCGUCCUCCUGGCCAGCCUCCUGGUGGAAGUUGCCAGUAGAUCCUCAGGAAGUGCGGGCCAGCAGCCCAAGUGUUGUGUGGACGUGGUGGACACCAACGCCACCUGCCCAGGCACUAGCCUGUGUGGCCCAGGCUGCUACGGGCACCGGGCCGAGGACGGGACCGUCAGCUGCAUCCGCUGCAGGAACGGAACUCACAACAGCUCCGAGUGCAGAGGCUUCGCUGCCCGGGGCGCACACUUCCCCAUGAACAGGAGCACAGGGACGCCCGGGCGGCCGAGCUUUGGGGGCCCCCAGGUGGCAGCCUCCCUCUUCCUGGGGACGUUUCUCAUCAGCUCGGGCCUCAUCCUCUCCGUGGCUGCAUUCUUCUACCUCAAGCGUGCCAGUAAGCUGCCUGACGUCUUCUAUGGAAGAAACAAAGCCCCCGGCCUGCAGCCUGGCGAAGCUGCCGCGAUGAUUCCCCCACCUCCGUCCUCAGUGCGGAAGCCGCGCUACGUCCGGCGCGAGCGGCCCUCGGACAGGGACGUGGGCCCCACUGCCGUCUCCUCCGUGGAGGCCCGGGUGAGCAACGUCUGAUCCCGCGGCCCAUCCACAGCCCCGCGUGCUGCCGACGGGGGGCCCACACGAAGGCUGGGCGCUGCCCAGUGAGGCCUCAGGACAGGCCUGCACACGGCCCUGGCUCGUCCCUCUCCAGCCACAGAUGUGGAGUGAGAGCCGCCUGCCUGCGGGCCUUCCUCACCGCACACAGCCGCUCAGCGUGACUGACCCGGGGCAUCACUCCGGCCUCUGUCCCUGAGCCGGGCUGGGGAGCCCGGCCGCGUGGGGUCCAGGCUCCUCGGGAGAGACAGCCUGCAGGACCUGGGUGCUCCUCCGCCUUGGAGCCCAUGGUGGGCAGACCCCCUGCGCCCCCUCUGAGAGCAGUGAGGCCGAGGCCUUCGGGGGGUCCGGCCACAUCCACACACAGGCAGUUUGGGGCCUGCAAACCGGCUCCCGGGCUCAGGCGCCCGCAGGGCUGUCCUGCACGGCCACAGCUGCCCGUUUCCAGGCGCUGCAGGAGUGAGUCGUCUGGUCUCCUGCUGACUCUCAACCUGUGUUUAAGCAGAAAGCAUUUUGUAUAGAAGUCCCAGAGGCACGCUGUCCUUAUGUGCACCCUGCCUGGGCCCCAGGCACUGGGACGGACACUGGCCUGAAGCUGCUGGAGGUCAAGGCCCCCCAGGGACGUGUCAGCCCGGGGCCACGUUUACCUGUGACUGCCGCCUGGGCUGGCUGUCUCGCUGGACCUGCCGAGGGCCGCCCUGGCCGGCAGUCUCGUCCCGCUGCCUCCGCCCCAAGGCGGCAGCCCGUGUUCCCUGCCUCGGCCGGUUGCGGAGGGAUGGCUCUGGGUUCCUGUGGAAAUGGGGGAGCGUCGGGGCGCCCGCUGAGCACGGGCAGGGUGCUGCCUGGCCUCCCCAGAGCCUCCGCGGGGACUGACGUUUUCUCCUCCGGCGUCUGGUCCACGUCCGCGGGGCCCACGGCAGGGCCUCUGUGGCCAGCCUCCUGCUUUCUGCACUGGGAUUCUCGCUGGGGUGUUUGUGGUUUAUGGACACGAGCUCGGUCGCCAGGACGUGAACGAUGACUGACCGGCAGCCAAGAGGGGCGGCCACCUGAAAUCAGCGUCAAUAAACCACUCAGGCCUUU